GUACUAAAACCCAAACUUUUGGUUGAUAAAAAAAAAAUCCAGUUGCUUCAUGUAAACGAAUGAUAAAACAUUUUUUUUCGCACAAUUAUCUCGCGCGUGAACCGAACAAAUUUAACUGAAACUACGGCGUGCUUCCGGUGAGUGAAUUUCUAGGUGAAAAUUUGUGAAGUGCUUGUACCAAUAACGAGAGAAAAUGGCCAUCCAUUUGUGAUGAACCUCAGUACCCUAUCACGGGCAAUUGCAGUUUUAGGGAAGUUCCUCCCGCCCGCAGAAAUGGACGAGUUUAUUCGAGAAUUGAUGCAGCUCAAAACACCAAAAGUGGAAUGGAAUUUUCCUCUGUCGGAUGCUCUGAGUGCUUACAGCCAGAUGAUGAACACUGUGGAAGGAUGCACCUUAAACUACAGUGAGACAGCCCUCGUCAUUCAGAACUCAGCCCACGUCUUUGAGAAAAGAGUAGAAAAUUUGUAUCAUGACACAUGUGGAUUGAGAAAAACGCUGGAUGAGCACGAAGCGGAACAUGAAGCAGCUAAAGCCGCGAAACCUCGUCAGCGUUCUCACCGGAAGAAUCUGGACCUGGAGAAUGUCGAGCGAUUUGAUUUCCUCAAGGACAGUACAAAAAACUGCUUUCUAAAAUCGAGGAGACCCCAGAAAAAAAUCAAACUCCUGAGCCAGAGGUACCCCCAACUAGAGAAUCUGUGCCGGCACAAGUUCUCACUGGACGUGGUGGACACCCACGGUGAGAAAAUUGGGAAAAAAUACGAUUUUCGCUGUAACCAGCAGUUGACAUCAUCCCUCAUGCUGGUAGAUGAGUUGAGUCCAGAAGAUCUCCAUAGAUCUUCACGAAUUUCAGUAGAGUCCUCACCUUUUCAUCACGACUCCAUCCCCAGUUGUUCAACACCAUAUCCCUCUUCCCCAGGCCUUUUAAAUUCUUCUCUUCAGGAAAAAUCACCCCCAAACAUUCUUUCUUUCCCCCAAACUUCUCCCCCAAGAACCUCAUCAUCCCCCAGCCCAUCCCAAGCCCACCUGGACCACCUGGACACAUCAGAUUUCGAUACCAACGACUUCUGUGACUCCCAGGAUGCAGAAGCCCUCGACCAGACGCAGGAAUCAGGCUACUGCACCUUCUCAGACAUCUCCACGUCUGAAAACCUCAGCACAAUUCAACCAGGAGGCGAGAGCAUGACUUUAUCACAUGAAACAUCAACAAAAAUUCAUGAAAAAGAUAAAUCACCUUCAAACAAUGACCCACCCUCAUCCACAACUUCCCCAGAUUCAGUGGGACUUGAAACUCCUCCAGAGAAUUCGUCCCCAGUCCCUCUCACCCAAACCCCUGAACCUCCACAGGAAGAGAUCUCUCUACUGAGCAAGAGAAAUCGAGAUUCAAUGGAAACAGACGCUGGAUACACCUCUGGAGGGCCAGAGGACCUUCCCAAAUCUCCUGUACUCAUAAGACGCAGUAAAAGACUUAAAAAAUCUGCUAUGGAAGAGCUGAACGACAAAUCAUAUGAAGCUAUUCCCUUUCAGGCUCCUAUUCCUGAGAAAUCCUCAAAGACCAGGAAGAGGUUUAAAUUACCUUGCCACCCAUCUCUUCUGCGAUCUGACAGACCGAAGAAGAGGAAGGUUCUUCUACUUGGAAACGACGAGAAGAUGAAGAAGCACCUCAUGAGUGAUGCUGAGGAGAGAAAUAAAUUGGUCAUGUAUUCACCCUCGAGAUCUCUGUCCGAUCAUUACAGAGAGGAGCACGAGGAGUUCCAGAAGAUGGUUCACCAGUGUUACACGCAAUUCAAUGUUUCGCAUUUUGAGGCUGUUCUCGGAGAGAACGAGUGCCUCAGGGGCUUCGCUCUAAUUGGUAAAGGAGGGAUUUUAAAUGGUGAGAAGUUUCUUCAGAAGGUAGGAGCUUCUGGACACGAAGUGAAGGACACAAAUUUAAAAUUGACAGUGGAUGUGGUUGAUCAUCGGUUGCAAGAGCUUCAAGAGACAUCUUGCUCGUACACUCCACCACAUUCUCCUGCGUUCUCUGGAGGAUUUGAACUGGAGGAUGAACCCGUUGAGAAUGAGGAUUUUGUUGAGACUGAGGGUGCCACCCUGACUCAUCAACAGAAGAUCGAGAGGAGAAUGCAGGAGCUGCAGAAGGAGUUUGAUGUUCGGCAUGACAGGGAGGAGGAAACUGUCAGGUGGUUUGAUAUGAUGGAGACACUGAAAGCUGCUGAGAAGAGACCAGUCUUUGAUGUCAGGGAAUAUGAGGAGAAAAUUGUCAGGGGAUUGACAGACGAACCUGACAACCGGCUGGGAUUCGAGGAACUUGCCUGGAGGGAAAAGCCCGAGGAUAUUGCUAGACUGUUUGUGGCUUCUUUGCAUUUGGCAAACACUUAUACGGUAGAUAUCACUGCUAGUGCAGAUCAAUCUAAUGUUCAUUUAAACUUGUUGAAACGAGAUGGAUUUCACUCGAGUUAGAGGUGGCAUCGUCACCUGCUUCAUCACAUUUUACAACUUUCUUUGUGCUGUUACGCUUUUCGUACUCUUCAUAAUCGCUAAAAUACCGGUAAUUCAGCCUCAUCAGAGGCUCGUGAUGGAUAAUUGACUAACAAUUUAUCGAAAGUUCAAAAAA